CUGGCCAGUGCUGAGGGGGCGCGGCGCGGAGGGGCGCGGAGGGGCGCGGAGCCGGGUGGCUGGGGGCCCAGAGAGCGCCGCGGCCGGUAGCCAGCCGGCUCCUGACAGCCCCCCUCCCCCCGGUGGACGACGACGACGACGACGAGUGCGCCGGUCAUGGCGGAACAGCGAACCCAGCGCGGUCCCUGAGCACCUCCGCAUGGAGCGGGACGAACGGCCGCCUAGCGGAGGGGGAGGCGGCGGGGGCUCGGCGGGGUUCCUAGAGCCGCCAGCCGCGCUCCCUCCGCCGCCGCGCAACGGUUUCUGUCAGGAUGAGUUGUCAGAGCUUGAUCCAGGCACUAAUGAGGAAACUGACAGUUUAACACUUGGCCAAGGUCACACAGCUGUUUCUGUUCCAGAUGAUCGGACCGAACAACGAACCUGUCUUAUUUGUGGGGAUCGUGCUACAGGCUUGCACUAUGGGAUCAUCUCCUGUGAGGGCUGCAAAGGGUUCUUCAAGCGGAGCAUUUGUAACAAACGGGUAUAUCGAUGCAGUCGUGACAAGAACUGUGUCAUGUCUCGGAAACAGAGAAACAGGUGCCAAUACUGCCGCCUACUCAAAUGCCUCCAGAUGGGGAUGAACCGGAAGGCUAUCAGAGAAGAUGGCAUGCCUGGAGGCCGGAAUAAGAGCAUUGGGCCAGUCCAGAUAUCAGAAGAAGAGAUCGAAAGGAUCAUGUCUGGACAGGAAUUUGAGGAAGAAGCCAAUCACUGGAGCAACCAUGGUGACAGCGACCACAGUUCCCCCGGGAACAGAGCUUCAGAGAGCAACCAGCCCUCCCCAGGCUCCACAUUGUCCUCCAGUAGGUCUGUGGAACUAAACGGAUUCAUGACAUUCAGGGAUCAGUAUAUGGGGAUGUCUGUGCCCCCACAUUAUCAAUACAUACCACACCUUUUUAGCUAUUCUGGCCACUCACCACUUCUGCCCCCACAAGCUCGAAGCCUUGACCCCCAGUCAUACAGCCUGAUUCACCAACUGAUGUCAGCUGAGGACCUGGAACCAUUGGGCACACCCAUGUUGAUCGAAGAUGGAUAUGCUGUGACACAGGCAGAGCUGUUUGCCCUGCUCUGCCGUCUGGCCGAUGAGCUGCUCUUUAGGCAGAUUGCCUGGAUCAAGAAGCUGCCUUUCUUCUGCGAGCUCUCAAUCAAGGAUUACACGUGCCUCUUGAGCUCUACAUGGCAGGAGUUGAUCCUGCUAUCGUCCCUCACAGUUUACAGCAAACAGAUCUUUGGAGAGCUGGCUGAUGUUACUGCCAAGUAUUCGCCCUCUGAUGAAGAAUUACACAGAUUUAGUGAUGAAGGGAUGGAAGUGAUUGAACGGCUCAUCUAUCUGUAUCACAAGUUCCAUCAGCUAAAGGUUAGCAAUGAGGAAUAUGCGUGCAUGAAAGCAAUUAACUUUCUAAACCAAGAUAUCAGGGGUCUGACCAGUGCUUCACAGCUGGAACAAUUGAACAAGCGAUAUUGGUACAUUUGCCAGGAUUUCACUGAAUAUAAAUAUACACAUCAGCCAAACCGCUUUCCUGAUCUCAUGAUGUGUUUACCUGAGAUUCGAUACAUUGCAGAUUCUUCAUGUAUAAAAUGAGAAUGGAAAGUGUUUAUUACACAGAAAUAUGGUGAAAUUAAAUGAGAUAAUGCAUUUAACACCUAGCACAGUAAGUAUUCCCUGGACAGAAUGAUUAUAUGAGUCUUCUAAGGGCACCAAAAUGAUUCGAUAGCAGAGUGGUUCUCUGCAUCUGGCCUUUGCCAUACUCCUGGCACUUCCCUUGCCCAUCACUCACUCAGGUGAUAGUCCCCCUUCAGCUGCCCAAGAGAAAGCAGGUGCCCUCUUCUACUAGUGGCCAUUGCUAACUCCUCUUCUCCUACCUUUCCCCAGGAAAGAUGGUGAAUGUACCCCUGGAACAGCUGCCCCUCCUCUUUAAGGUGGUGCUGCACUCCUGCAAGACAAGUGUUGUCAAGGAAUGACCUGUUCCCUGCACCAGCCACAGCGCCUUGGAUAGGCAGGACAGGCUCCAGAGGAAAGAGCCAGAGAGACCAACAUGGAGGCUGUGCAGCUGUUGUUUCUAUUGCAGGAAGAGUUUUUUGUUUGUUUGUCUGUUAUUUUAACCUCAUUUUUCUAUAUAUUUAUUUCACGACAGAGUUGAAUGUAUGGCCUUCAACAUGAUGCACAUGCUUUUGUGUGAA